ACGUUUUUGUUUAACAUUUUUUUGGUUUUGAAGCAGCUCAGUUAGACAAGUUGCAGUUUAUAAAAUAUGUGGGAGAUAUUUUAUAUAAAAAAUUUUAAACUCGUCAAAUGCCUUCGGAAUAGGCAUAGCUUCUGAGAAUCUACUUUAUCCGGGUCUUAGUGUCUGGUAGGAUUCCAAACUGCUUCAAGCAGUUUUACAUUUAAAAUGACGCAGACAUACAGCUGACUUCGACUUCAUGGGAAACACGAAACGAGCUUCAAGACAACUAGGCGAAAUUAUUCACUCCUGAUCUCAAUAUCAUUUGUCAGGGGCAGCAAUUAACAUUUCGUCGAGGUUUUUCACUUUUUUUUCUUGAAAAUCUACCAUUUGGGUAGGAAAACACAAGGGGGUCAUUUAAAAUCAGGGUGUCUGAAACGACUGGGUCUUUGCAGUUGAAAUGAAUUAGUACAAUCCGUAACCGUCACAAUUACUCGCUUGCGUUUGAAGUCUUUCACGCCCACCCUAAUCCCAACAGGUCCCCCGGGCUCGAAGGCUACAGGUAAUUCCAGAAUUCCCAGCACUUCUGUUUGCAAAAAAAUCUUCAAAAGGGAGAAGUCCCAUUCGAAGGCAAGCGGGAUAUAGGUUGUUGUGUUGUGGUACACUUUAAAGUCUGGUUUGUCGGCUUGGGGUGCAGGAUGACAAGCAGCUGUUUGCAAUGUGAAUUCCUCUCACACAUUAGCCACACCGCUGCUUGCACUUUCCAUUGAAUUUCUCUGGGACAGUAAAUUACGCUCGCGCACUGCCCCGCCCCUGACCGGCGGCGAUUGGCCGCCUGGUGUCACCACGAGGAGGGGACCCGCUACCCAUUGGUCCGUCCUGGCUGUCGAUCAGCGGAGCCCCGCCCACGCUGCUGAGAUUUGAUACAUUCAUAGAGGGAAUGGAGCGGGGUGGGGGAAUGGAGAUGGGGAAAGGGUCCUCACUCAUCACCCUUCCAGCUUCAUUAUGGAAACACUCGCUCCCCGAAAAUACUGAGAAACGGGGGUGGGGGAGAGAAAAAAAAAGGGAAAGUUAGAGCAAUGUACAUGUUGCUCUAACAAGAACCAGGGUUCGGCAGUUUUAUGCAAAUAUAAUAGGCGUGCCAUGUCCGUGAGUCACAACCGGAACUGCACGGAGAAGCCAUAUAAAAACUAAUGGGAGAGUUAAUACGCAGAUAGCUAAAGCUUUGCAGCCUGCACAGUCGAGGGAAUUAAAAAAAAGCAGAGAGAGAGGUUAAGAAAUUGAUCACGUCUGCAAAAUAAUUAAAAUAAAUCUCUCUCCUCUCCCUCUGAAGAAGCGACAAUACAAUGGCUGAUGAAAAUGCCAACACGAAAUGCAGUAGUUUUAACGUUUUGAACUGGGAGCAAGUGCAGCGGCUGGACAGGAUCCUAACGGAGACGAUCCCGAUCCACGGGCGGGGUAACUUCCCGACCCUGGAGGUGAAGCCCCGGCAGAUCGUGCAGGUGGUGCGGAGCCGCUUGGAGGAGAAGCGGAUCCGGGUGCGGGAUGUGCGGCUGAACGGCUCGGCGGCCAGUCACGUCCUGCACCAACGCAGCGGGCUGGGCUACAAGGACCUGGACCUCAUCUUCCGGGCUGACCUGAGCGGGGACAAGGAGUUCCAGACGGUCAAGAACGUGGUGCUGGAUUGCCUCUUGGAUUUUUUGCCCGAGGGCGUGAAUAAGGAGAAGAUCACCCCGCUGACCCUGAAGGAAGCCUACGUGCAGAAGAUGGUGAAAGUUUGCAACGACUCGGACCGCUGGAGCCUCAUCUCGCUGUCCAACAACAGCGGCAAAAAUGUCGAGCUGAAGUUCGUGGACUCGCUGCGGCGCCAGUUCGAGUUCAGCGUGGACGCCUUCCAGAUCAACCUGGACUCGCUGCUGCUUUUCUACGAGUGCUCGGAGCACCCCAUGUCCGAGCACUUCCACCCCACCAUCCUGGGCGAGAGCGUCUACGGCGACUUCGAGGAGGCGCUGGAGCAUCUGCAGCACAAGGUGAUCGCCACCAGGAACCCCGAGGAGAUCCGCGGCGGCGGCCUCCUCAAGUACUGCAACCUGCUAGUGCGGGGCUUCCGGGCGGCCUCCGAGAGCGAGAUGAAGGCGCUGCAGCGGUACAUGUGCUCCCGCUUCUUCAUCGACUUCUCGGACAUCGGCGAGCAGCAGAGGAAGCUGGAGUCCUACCUGCAGAACCACUUCCUGGGUCUGGAGGACCGUAAGUACGACUACCUGAUGACCCUGCAGAGGGUGGUCAACGAGAGCACCGUCUGCCUGAUGGGACACGAGCGGAGGCAGACCUUGAACCUCAUCACCAUGCUCGCCCUCCGGGUCCUGGCCGAGCAGAACAUCAUCCCCAAUGUGGCCAAUGUGACCUGCUACUACCAGCCGGCUCCUUACGUGACCGACGCCAACUUCAACAACUACUACAUUGCCCAUGUGCAGCCGGUGUUUACCUGCCAGCAGCACACCUACUCGACCUGGCUGCCCUGCAACUGAAAAGAAGGCAAGAAGUGUUUUGAUGAGACCAAGACAAAAGGGGCAAAAGAGCAAGAGGGUGAGAACGCAAGGGGGAGGGCACAGCACCUUUCUUUGUGGUUUGAAUCGGGGUGGGAGCAACACACUAUAUGUAUACACACAUACACAGUAGACAGUUCGACCCUGCCCUGGCUUGUUUAAUGCAAUGCUGAUCCGCUCAACUUCUGAGAGCUCAACUUUUAACUUUUUAAAAACAAAGCUCGUCUGCGUUUUUUUUCCCCUCUAGUAGAGGCAGAUCGAAAUUAUUUGAGAGGGGGAAGGGGGAGUAAAAUCAAAUUCAAUUCAACCCAGGGCCAGGAGGUGGGUAUGGCUGCUUUUAAGAUGUCUUCUUUUGAAGAAAGCUAAAUAACAAAACACUGUUUUGCUCCCGUCGAUUCUGGUUGUCAGCCUAAAAUGACAACAUGGGAUAUCAGCACCCAUACUCUCUUUUAGGCCAGGACUGACCAGCCCCUUUUACAAAAAUGCUAAUUUGUGGGUAAAGGAGAGGCUCCGAUUUUCCCUUCUUGCCUGUUCUCCGAUAAAUUCAUGUAGCAAAGAAGCUGAAACGCAGAGACCCGUCUCGUAUUGCCUUCUGUAAACAGGGUGGGGGAACGGUUGCAUUUGGGAGCUUGCGAAUGCCAUGUAUGGGAUGAUACACCAAGUGAAACUGCUUCUUUGCAGUUGCUUGCUUUUUUUUUGAGUGCUUUCUAAACUCUAAAUGGUUUUGCUCCAGAUGCAAGAUUAUUAACAGAUGACGACAGAAGUCGCUAUUGUGCUGUCCACGGUUCCUGGUUAGAGAGAGCGUACACUUCACAUUUUUUUUUGAAUGUGGAAGUGUACAGAAUGCUUGGCUAAUAUAAUGUUCAAGGACCAAAGAUAUUUUUCGUUUUUUAUAUGUAUAUCAACAAAAAAAAACCCCAUGGACAAGAACAGAUGUGGCUAAUUUAUAUUUGUCUACAUGAACAUGAAUCAAAAGUGCCUAUUACUUAUAAGAAUGGGAAUGGAGAUACUGUACUCAAAUCUUGUGGCUUAAUCCACAUUUUUCUUUAUCAGGGACAAAAAGAACGUGUUCUUGCACGAAUUGCGAAAUUCCCUAUUUUCUUGGAAAAUACUUGUACUAAAAUAAAGUUGCUGUUUAUGUGAUAGUUUAAAAGUAUGUAUUGUCUUGGACAGUGUAGCACUUAGGCAAGUGUUUAAACAAAGUACUUUAUAUUUUCCAGUUUGUAAUGAGGUUCCUUUGGCACUUUUUUUUUGUUUCCUCGCUCAGAAAAGGUAUAUGUUGUGUGAUGCAGUUGCAUUUGAGUUUUAAUUAAACAAAGCACAGUUGGAUGUCUGGGGAUAAAUGGAAGUGAGAGAGAACUGUGAAAUCUUGUAGUUGGCUUAUAACACCAAAUUAAUUGUGAAGUAGAUAACGCAUUCAGAUAAGUAAUCCAGUAGAAUCCUCUUAGAAACAAGGAUGGGACACACCUGAGUUGCUCAUAACUGGGCUUGUGUAUAAUCAGGUCGACUAUUUCAAUACUUCAUUAAUCAUAUCCAAAUGUGUUACUCUUAAUCUAGUUUGAUGUUACUAUGUCAGGAUCAUGUGACUUUAUUUGACAAUUUUUGGGAACAAAUUUGUGUAUAAUCACCAAAAAAAGGGAACCCUGAUAAGGGCUGCAAACCAAAUGAAGUGUUUGACAUAUGACUAACCUAAGCAGGUCAGGACAAUACUUGAGCACAAGCUAAUGGAAAUUGAAUUGGAAAGUGACAAUGCAUUCAGGAUUCUUUGGUUAGACACAUUUGGGGAAAUAAAAACCCUGUUGUGUAAUGAGGGAAGAAUCUUCUGUCAGCUGUUUGACCCAAGGCAACAACAGCAGCUGUAAUGUGCUUUUGGUAUGUAGUUUUUUUAAACUUUGCAACCAAAAUGUGGUAUGUCCCGAUAUUGCCAUUAUCUCCACCUCCAUCACUGUUCUCCCAUUUAGAAAUGUUUAAAAAUACAUAUUUAAAUUUAUACUCAAUUGAUGAAUGAACUGUUUGAAUGACUGCUAACAGAGUUUGCCUGUCCUUUUAUCUUUUUAAAGUACUUUAAUCCCCAAUUCUAGUUCACCAUUUGUUCAAGAUUUGCUCUUCAUUGGUGUGCAUUUUGGCUAAAGUUUGUUACACCAGGAUCCAUUAAAACAGUUCCUGUUACAUGUUUGAAAAUUGUAAGAGUUUGAGCCAGGAGAGAAAAUAAAACUUUGCACUCUGAACUCUUGCAAUCAGGAACUAGGAGUGACCUUCCCCAAUUUGCAGUGGGGAAGGAGUUGUACCAGCUUUUAAAUGCACACUUUUUAAAAAAAAGUUUAAAAUCUCAACACCAGGUUAUAAUCCAAUGGGUUUAUUUGGAAACACUAGCU